GCUGAAAGCGGGCUGAAGCCCGCGGCCAUGCAAGGAGAUGGUGGGUGCAUGCAGAGCGGAUGCAUGUCGCCAAACGGAUGCAUGGGUAUGCCUAUGACUGGCAUGGGAAUGCCAGGCAUGGUGCCUGGCAUGGGAAUGAGCAUGCCAUCGUCAAUGCCUAGUUCCGGAAUGCCAAUGAGCCAACCCAUGGGCCAACCCAUGGGCCAGCCAAUGUGCCAGCCAAUGGGCCAGCCAAUGGCGCAGCCGAUGGGCAUGAUGGGCAUGUCUCCCAUGGGCAUGAACCCCAUGAUGAUGAUGAAUCCCAUGAUGGGAAUGAUGAUGAAUCCUAUGGGCACCGCCUUUACAGCUUCAGAGGCAAAUCCUCAGGAAGAAUUGGCGGAGAGUUUGCCCAAGGACAAAAGGAAAGGAAGAGGCAAGGGCAAACUUGCACCCAAUGCUGAGCAUUGCCAAAUGCCAAUCGAUCCACAGGUGGAAGCUCUGUGCAAGACCUUCAGCAUCGAAGAACGCAUCAUGCGGCGGCUUAAUGAUGUAUUGCUCACGCGGGAAUCGACUUUCGACGCAGACAUGAAAGCCUUGUGGGAGGUCUGCGAAAAUGCGAGCAAGCCCUCCGGUUUCCUUAUGGUCAAAAUAGGCGAGAUGGAGAGAGGCUGCUUCACUGGAGCUGCAAAGCUGGACCAAGCCAUGCUGCAGUUCAAAAAUCGAUGGCGGUUGGAUGACAGGGCGUUGGCGAAGUUUGUCGAAGUAGUUCAUCCAAGAGAUGAGAAGAUAGAGGAUAUGGCGCAGAUGGACAAGCUCUUGAAGGGGGCUGCGAACCCUUCCCAAGCGAUCCUGCCAAUGCUCAAUCACCUGAAGGCGGUGGGCAACCUUGAUGACCUCAUACGAGAGCAGAAGAGUGGAGGGCGAGAGCGGGGAAGAAGUCGAGAACGCUAUACCAGCAAAUCGAGGUCCCGGUCAAGAUCCCGUCGGAGACGAUAGGUCCAGCUGCAUUUGGGCACGCCUGGAUCUCAACCCUAUCGCCAGCUCCGGAUGCAGCUGAUCGCGAGCUCUGGAGGCAGCUGGGCACGCAUGGCACUGACGUGGCCUGAUUGCUCACCGGUGCACCAAGCUAGUCCCAGCCUUGUACAUGAGUCCCAGAUAGUCCCAGCAGUUCUUCGCCAAGCUUAGCGGCAGAAUGGAU